AUGGCAAGCACCGAUCUACUAAAGCAAAAUUACCUAAAAGAAUUAAAUUUUAAGGAAAUUAUUGAAAUUAUUACUCUUAAUCAUCUUUCUGAAAGAUUAUUUGUUAUUCGAGCUAAUAUUAAACAGUUUUUGAACAAAUGGGGAAGAAAGAGAAGAAAGAACACAAGUGAAUUGAGAGUUGCUACAAUCGGUGGAAUUUUGCUUUUGGUUGAUAAGUAUGUACCCGAUAAACCUCUAGCUCUUAUUGGAGGGAUCAUAGCUUUCGAUGAUGCCGAAGAAUUUUUAGAUGAUUUUCACGAAUUGCUGGGAAUAAGCAAAAGGAUUGAGAUUAGUAAAUUCGGGAAAACGAAUAAAACAUUUGGGGAUUUGCAAAACCAACUUAAGAAAUUUCUCCAAGACUAUGAUCAGGACAAUAAUGGGUCAGUUGAUGUUGAAGAAUUAAUAGCUAAGAGAAAGUUAUUGAGUGAGGAUUUGAGUAAAGAAAAAGAUGCCAGCCAACUAGGGCGAAUUGUAAUAAUUUUGCAAAAAUUAGAAGAGGAACUAAUUAAUUAUUACCAAUCUUCGAGCGAGGAAGGAAAUAAAUAA